AUGAACCCGCAAUGUUCUAAAUGUAAAGCAGCAAUGAGGAAAUAUAACUACUCCGUCAAAGAGAUAGAACGUAUGAGAAACGACUAUGCAGACUUAAAGAAAGAAGCAGAGAAGCCGGUAGAAAAUAAAAUGGACAUGUUAGCAUUUCUGAACAAAAACUAUCCAACAGCAGAAGAUUUCCUUCUAUCUGACGUCAAGAAGAAGUAUAAAGAAACCUUCGGCAUAGUUAAAACAUUCGAUGUACUAAAAGAAGAAAUAGAGGCUACAAAACUGUUUAGGAUUUCAAAUAUACAUCGUACAAUUCAUGUAAAACGCUUGUGA